AAAUUAUGUAUUAUAGGAACCGUUCUUAAGUAAUUACACGACAUCAACAAUGGCGAAAAGGAGUAAGACGGUUAAUGCAGACGCUUCUAAUGGAAAAUCGAACGUUGUUAAAGGUGCUUCCAAAGCGAAACAUGUCCCAAAAGGAAGGGCUAGCACUGAGGAUGGAUCAAAAAAGCAUGUCACGAGCACAUUCUACAAAAUCGCAUUAGUUGGAAUAGCCAUCAUCAUAGGCUUCACACAUAGGAACCACAUUGCCAAUAUGUUUGAGAGGGAUCGCCACUUUUCUCACCUAUCCACAUUGGAGAGGGAGCUUGCUUUCCGUACAGAAAUGGGUUUAUACUACUCGUACUACAAGACAAUGACCGAGUCCCCCACCUUCAUUGAGGGCCUAAACCAAGUCAUGUAUGACAACAUUACCGAGUACCCGCUCACAAUAAACACUCUCAAGAGGUUCAACUUGUAUCCUGAGGUUGUUCUAGCCAUUGGCUACAGACUGUAUGAGGGCAUCAACAGUGCCAUGAACAGGCCUACCAAGAUGUGCUGGCGUGUGAACCGUGGGGAGGGGCUCAGUCCUGUACAGAGCUGUGAAGGGCUUGGAGAGCCGUCCUAUUUCUAUGUGGAGCAUGUGUUUUCCCUCAAUGGACUUAUGAUGUCCCUGUUCUUUCUAUUUGGGACAUACUUGAGUGGCAGUAUGUAUGGUGGAUUACUAACUGUGGCAUCGUUUUUCUUUAACCAUGGAGAGGCUACCAGGGUGCAGUGGACUCCUCCACUACGGGAAAGCUUUGCCUACCCUUUCCUGGUCAUGCAGAUGUUUCUAGUGACUUACCUACUCAGAUCUCAGAGGCCAUCUUACAGGCAGUGUAUACCCAUUGCCAUGGCUACCAUUGCCUUCAUGCUUCCAUGGCAGUUUGCCCAGUUUGCCCUUCUGACAGAGAUGCUGGCCAUGUUUGCUACCUACAUGCUGGGCUUCAUUAGUGCCAGAAAGAUGAAGGUGUUCUUGCUUGGACUUGGGAGUGGAUUUCUAGUCAGCUAUGUUCUGCUGUUUGGCAAUGAGAUGUUGUUGACUUCCUUCUUUUUCUCAGGGCUUCUCACAAUUACAUGCAUAGUGUUCAUCGAGCCAGCACUUGAGACCAUCAGACUACGUCCAAUCAUUUGGAUUCUGCAGGGAAUUUUGCUUAUUGUCGGGACCAUAGGGUUGAAGUUUACAGUUUCCAAGCUGUUGAAUAUAGAAGAUGAUGCUCAUAUUGGGGAUAUUUUUCGUAGCAAGUUUUCUGACUUCAAUAACUUCCAUACCAUGUUGUACACCUGCGCUGCUGAGUUUGAUUUUAUGGAAGAAGAGACCCCUUGGAGAGUGCUAAAGACAUUACUUGCCCCUUCUGUUCUCCUGGUUACAGUUGUUGUGGUGUAUCAACUGUUGAGGUCAGAGUAUAUGGCCUGGAAAAAUUCAACUUCAGAUGAAGUUACUAUCAAUCAUACAGACGAAACAAGUAAACCCCAUGCAGAGAUAGUGUACCACCUGUUCCAGCUGGCUGCGUUCACUGCCAUGGCCAUCAUCAUCAUGAGACUGAAGCUGUUCUUGACCCCUCACCUCUGCCUCGUAACCUCUCUGCUUGCCUCCAGGCAGUUUUUCAGUUGGUUUGGUGGGAGGGAGCGUCACUAUGCCAUCCUGACUGUGCUGGUGGGCUGUAUGGCUGUGCAGGGUAUAGCAAACCUGCGGACACAGUGGGGAAUUCUGGGAGAGUUCAGCAACGUACCACAGGAGGAACUGGUGGAGUGGAUCAAUGCAAAAACUCCCAAAAAUGCAGUAUUUGGAGGCCCCAUGCCUACCAUGGCCACUGUGAAGCUGUCUACAGGAAGACCUAUUGUCAACCACCCGCACUAUGAGGAUGCUGGCCUGAGGGAGCGUACCAAGAAAGUGUACUCGAUCUACAGUCGGAGGCCUUUGUCAGAUGUAAAGAAGAACCUACGAGACCUUCAAGUGGACUAUGUGGUACUGGAGGACUCCUGGUGUGUGCGCAGGACCAGACCGGGUUGCAGCAUGGCAGAGAUCUGGGACAUAGAGGACGUGGAGUACCGAGGGGGCACCCCUGCAUGUACCAUCCUGAAGGAUAAGCCCGAACCUCACUUCAAGAGGGUCUUCCAGAACAGCGUCUACCAAGUGUUGAAACUCGUGUAGGACAAGGGGUGUUAUCCUUGUAGUCCUCAUCACCCACCAGUGCCGAAAUUUUUAGGUUUUAGUUUUCAUAUUUUGUUUGAAGCUUGACAAGGCUAAGUAUUAUAGAUAAUCAAUAAUUAUCCACCAACAUUGAAAUUGUGCCAGUUUUAAGGUUUCUUUUUUUUUAUUUGACGCUGAACAGAACUCAGUAUUAUUGAUAAUAACUAAAUAUCCAGCAACAUCGAAACGUUUGCAGAUUUUUAGGUUUCUUUUUUUUUAAACCGGAACAGAAAUUUGUAUUAUAGACAAUCAGUAAUUAUUAUGAUUUAUUAUCCACCAUCAUUGCCAAACAUCGAUAUUGCCGAAAACACUGUGUGACAAUAGAUAUUGGACAGUUAAACUGACAUCUUUAAGAAAGCAUUGUUUUCAUUACUGAAUAAAAGCAGAUGAUUGCACAUUUUGAGUGUGAUUAUUUUUCUUAUUUGAUGACAUUUUUAACUAUAUGUUGUUAAUUAUAACUACAAAUUUAACUAUUUUAAUUUCUAUACUCUCACUAGAAGGUUUUGAGAUUCUAUGUUAGCUUCAAUAUUACAGAAAAUAGUUGUGAACAUAGCUGAUCAAUCAUUUGGAGAGUGUUCUUGACAAUCAAGUAAUUUGAUUUGUGUCGUGUUCUGAGAAAAUUGGUUUUAAUGCAUGUACGUAAAGUUUCGUCACAUAUUAGCCUGUGCAGGUCUGCACAGGCUAAUCAGGGACGACACUUUCGCUUUAAUGGUAUUUUUCGUUUAAAGAAAGUCCCUUCUUACCAAAAAUCUUGUUUAGGCAGAAAGUGUCGUCCCUGAUAAACCUGUGCGGUCUGCACAGGCUAAUCUGGGACAACACUUUACACACAUGCAUUAUGCCCAGUUUUCUCAGAACAUGACAUAUUUAUUAAUUCAAACAAAAGCAUCCACUUGUACAUGUAAGAUGCACAAAUAUUCAAUGGUGUAUUUUCCAUGUGCCAUUAGUACAAAGCAUAAUAAAUACUUUUGCUUUUAAUAGUUCAUAUUUAUUUAAAUGUAUAUGCAUUGUUCUGUCUCAUUUAAUAUUAAUUGACGGAAUGAACUGUGUUAGUCAUGUUUUAGCUGCAUGCCUUUGUAAGUUAUUGAUUUUAGUACUUAACCCUUUGCAUGCUGGGAAAUUUGUUGUCUGCUAAAAUGUUGUCUGCUUAAUUUCUAAAAUUAGCAUUUUCGUCGAUUUUUUUUCAAAGAAUACUAUCAGAAUAGCAAACAGUUUGGAUCCAGAUGAGACGCCACGUUUUGUGGCGUCUCAUCAGGAUCCAAACUGUUUGCAAAGGCCUUCAAAAUCCGGUUCCAGCGCUCAAAGGGUUAAUGCAGCUUACUAAGUUGAUUGUGCUUUAUGGCUCAGAAAGGAAACAUAGUUUACUCUUGAACAGCUUGCAUGCAAUGUUGUUAUUAAAACAUGGAGCAUGUCAACCUGUACAGAAUUUUAACAGGCCAGAUUUAUGGACUGUAAAACCGUGAGUUUUAAGAUAACUUGAAAUUGCUCAUCCAUUGCCGUUUCUCAUUUCAACAAGUUUGCAAUUAUUUGAAAUAAUCAUCUGUAAUUUAUAUAAAGCAAGGUUGUAAUUGGAAAGGGAAAACCACAUUUUACAUGUAUCUCCGAACUAUCAUUGAAAAGACGUUCAUGUUUGUGUUCAUUAUACAGCAGAGGUCUCUUAGGUGUUGUUGAUAGAUCUUAUAGUCUGAAAUCUCCUUCAAUAUUGUGUUUUCAUCAUAACAUGCUCAUUAUUGACCUCGAGUUGAGUUAAUGACCACAUUGUUAGCAAAUUUUGUCAUUCUUGUUAAAAAAAUAUGUUUAUAAAAUGUUAAAGUAAGUUAUAGCAAGAUGAUAUUGUUUGGUAGAUAAACAAAUAAUUGAAAUUGGUAAAAAAAGAAGAUUCAUAAAUUAAAUGCACAUUUUAUUAAUGCGUUGAAUCAUGUUGUGUAAAUUUACUAUCUUGUGCUAAAAUGAAAUUAAUUUUGAUAACAUAUUUAUGAAAUUGUUUGUAUAAUGAUGUGCCUCCUUUAUAAUGUGAUAACUAACAUAUCAACAGGAUUGCCUUGCUUGAAGAAGUGCAUGUUUUAUCUGUCAUGUAUUCAUUAAUAAGCUGUGCUCUGCAAAAAAGGGGUUUAAUGCAUGUGCGUACAGUGUCAUCCCAGAUUAGCCUGUGCAGUCCGCAAGGCUAAUCAGAGAUGACACUUUCCGUCUAAACUAAAUUUUUGCUAAGAAGAGACUUUUUUAAAUGAAAAAUUUCAUAAAAGCGGAAAGUGUUGUCCCUGAUUAGCCUGUUCAGACUGCACAGGCUAAUCUGGGACAACACUUCCAGCACAUGCAUUAAACCCCCUUUUCACAGAGCAAGACUCAUGUUAAGUAUUUAGUAGUAAUAUUAAUGAAGGGAACCAUAACAGUGGUGAUAAUAAUUAGGUUUGGUAUGUGGGAAUUACCAUGUUCACUUAUAUGUUUUGUAUCUGUUUUCUUAAAAAGAAAUACUUGAGUUGGGGAUGUACAUUUGUUCUGUGUGUGUGAAAAAUUGUACUAAAAUACUUUAAUAAUUUUCUGGUGAGUGAAAAGGUUGUGUAUAUGAUGUGUUAGUAAGCACUUCUGUUACUCAGUGCAGUAUUUUCUUAUAGUUUCUUAGGAAAACACAAAGAAUUUCCUAGAAGUUGUGAAAUUCUUAGAGUCACUGUCUAUAACAGUUUGUUGUUGUCACGUUGAAAUGUUUUGAUGCAAAUAUUGCUGAAAUGAUUAAGAUAAAAUCCUUGUGUUCAUAGAAGACAUGUUAUUUCACAUAGACAGUUUUACCUGACAUUCUCUUAUUAGUUCACCAUAAGAUUUCCUUGUGGAGCUAUGUGGAUAUAUUUUUUUUUAGCAAUAUUUUAUUUGAAAUGUUUAACUUUGAAACUUUUAAUCACAGCCUUCACAUUGCUGAGGUAUGCAUUCACGUUUUUUAUCCCCCGCCAUAGGCGGAGGGAUAUUGUUUUGGCGUUGUCCGUCCGUCUGUCCAUCCGGAGCCAUAUCUUGGAAGUGCUUUGGCGGAUUUCAUUGAAACUUGGUAUGAGUAUAUAUAUGGAUAUGAGGAUGAUGCACUGGCGGAUUUCAUUGAAACUUGGUAUGAGUAUAUAUAUGGAUAUGAGGAUGAUGCACGCCAAAUGGCAUUGAACACCAUCUGUUAAUAACGGAGUUAUGGCCCUUUGUAUCUUGAAAAAAUGCUUUUUUGAGUGUCAAAUAUAACACUUUUGUGUCCAGAAGCAUAUUGGUGGGGGAUAUCAAUUCAACAAAUUUGCUUGUUAGUUAUGCUGUGUCCCUUUUUGUAUUGCCGGUCCUUUAAAUCGUCACAAAAACACUCAUCUCAUUUGAAAUGUUCUCCCCACCUAUUUCAUUUUAUUUUUCUCGAAACAGUGUUCAAUAUUUAUUUUUACAGUAUUUGAUGAAUUUAACAUACCUGUUAGCAUUUGACUGCCAUGUGCAUGUAGGUGUUCAACAAAUGAGCUGCACUCUCUGAAAAGGGGGUCUAAUGCAUGUGCGUAAAGUAUAAUCCAAGAUUAGCCUGUGCAGUCAACACAGGCUAAUCAGGAAUGACACGUUCCGCCGAAAUUUAAUUUUAGUUAAGAAUUGACUUUCUUUAAAAAAAAUUUAUAAAAGCGGAAAGUGCUAUCCCUGAUUAGCCUGUGCAGACUGCACAGGCUAAUCUGGGUCAACACUUUAGGCACAUGCAUUAAACCCCCUUUUCACAGAGCACAGCCCAAAUGUUUCAUACUUAUUUUCUUAACUGUAGCUUCAGUCCUUUGGUUUAUUUCCAUAGUUGUUGUCAAGUGUUCUAUAGACUCUCUGUCCAUGUAAAGUGUUCAACCAUUUUCUAGGCACUUUUCUUUACAAUGUCAUGUUGUUAAUGAUCAUUCCAGACAAAUAGUUUAUAAUGGGAUAUUUCAAUUGUGUUUAUAUCUUAUAACAAAUCUCAUCAUGUGAUUUGAAGAAGCCAAUUUGUAUGUUGUAUUAUUUUAUUUGAAAUAUAGUUGUAUGAAUGUAUUUGCAUCACUUUUUAACCCUUUCCUUCUGAGAAGCAAAGUUCAAUUGGCUAUGUGCAAACAGCAUUAAAACAGAUCAGCCUGCGAGUUACUCGCAGUCUGUUCAGGCUUUAUGCUGUUUGCUGGUCAUCAGUAUAUUAGGGUUGGAGAUGAAGUCUUUAAAACUUGAAUUUAGUAAGAAAUGUAUUUAAUUAAAUUCAACUUUCUAAGGGACAACAAAUGCGUCAAAAUACGUAUGUAAGUGGGAAAGGGUUAAAUAUAUAUCUAAGUAGGAAAGGGUUAAAUACGUAUCUAAGUGGUAAAGGGUUAAUUGGUUGAUAAAGUGAUUCACAAAAUGAGCUGUGGCAUGCGAAAAUAGGUUCUCUUCCAUAUGCAGCUCUUCCAUUUGCAGCUCAUAUGCCCUACCCUGUCCACUUAUGAGACCACGAACCUUGCCUUACACUAUAGCGGACAGCCUAGCUCAUGGCCUGAUUGUGCAAUAUUGCAGGAUGGUCUGAGGCUACACUGGCUGCAUAUGGCCUAAGACCUGGGGCUAAUACAUGUAUGUUCACUUUCUUGGGCUUAAUUUUGCAACAUAAAUAUAUUUGCUAUAUUGUGUUCUACUUUGUGCUCAAACAAAUCAAAUUGUACCAGCUAAUAAAGCUUUUGUUUUGUAAUGUCAACGUUAUUGUUUACAAUAUUGUUCUUUUUAUAAUAUGCAAGUGAUUUCAUUUAUUUCACUUAGUAAACUGUUAAAUAAUCGCAUUUAUAUUUAUGAUAAUAUUUCUCUAGUCAUAAUUGUUAAUUUAUUGUUGGCUUCAAAAACACGAGUUUUAUCUUUAAUGCCUCAAAGUGUUUAAGUGUUUUCAAAUAUUUUUUGUUUUCUUUAUUUUGUUGUUGUUGACACAACUAUUAAAGUGACAUAAAUACUCAAAAUCAACGAAUAUUUCGAACAAUAUUUCAUAACAUAAAUUUAACCCAUAAAAAUUAGAGUUCCUUAUAACAAUAGCCAAAAUUUCAAUUUGAUACAUUGAACAUUUGUUGAAUAUAUUGUCCCACAAAAAAAAAAAAAAAAAAAAAGAGCAUUUUGUAUCUUGUUAAAUCUAUGUAACCAGACCACAUCUAGCGUUUACAUUUUGGCUAUUGCUAUAAGGAACAUUGAUUUUGUAUGUGUUAACUUUAUUUUUCGAAAUAUUGUACGAAAUAUUCGUUGAUUUUGAGUCUUCAUUGGCUUUUAAAAUAGACUGAAAAAAGGCAUUACUUAAUGGCUGCUUUCCUGGGCUUUUAAUAACAGUUUAUCUAAUAACUGAACUGUUCAUGAAGAAUGUACAUCGUACUGAAAUCAAAACAGAAAAGAAGUUGAUAUUACAUGUUUUAUACAUACAUUACUUGAUUCAUUCUAAGAGUCUUGUAUUGUGAUUGAUAUUUAAUAAUGAUUUAUUGUCGUAAACAUAUUCUAUAUAUGUAAAUGCAUGACCUGAGGGCUAUAACCUUAAUUGUUAUAAAAGCUGAUCAUGAAACAUUGAACCUUUUCAAAAAAUGAAAUUUUCAUUGUUAAAAUUAAUGCUUAAUACAUAGAGAAGAAGAAAGAAAAGCAGAUUAUGUAUAAGUAAUGAACUAACACACCAGCCACAUGAUUGUAUGUUUUUAAACUGAUUUUAAUUAUUAUUUUUGCUAUGUGUAAUCAGUCAUCUUACCACGAUCGGGUGUUUAUGGGUUCGCUUCCUACUCGGGGAACUUUCUCAUUAUCUCCUCCAUAGACACCAAGUACUGGUUCUUCCCAGGAAACGGACUUGAUAAUGUCCCUCUGCCUAUUAUGCUCUAAAGGGUGCUUGGCAGUAUAUAUAGAUAGAUAAGGGUCAAUUCUAAUCUUGUUUGAAAUGUGAACAGUCAAUUCUGUUUCAGAAUAGUGUUCAAGCUUAGCUAAUCUAUUGAUAUACCAAAGUAUUAUUGAUAACAUAAUACAUAUUUGUUUAAAAAAUUGCUAAAUUAAUAUUUUCCAUUUUGACUUUUGUAUAUCUGGCUUUGUUUAUAUAGAUCUAUAUGUUGAAAUGCCAAACUAUUCAGACACAUAUUUACAAUGAACUUUAUGAACUAGUAUUCAUCGGUUUUUAAAUAAAUUUUAAAUUGGAACUGUGCAUACAUUUGAAAAAAGAAGUUCCUUACACUGAACUCUGUCUGUCAUGCUUGCAAAAAAGCGCUGUUACGGUGAAAAAUAAAAUUGUGUUAAAGAAAAAAA